AUGGCGUCUUCGAAUUCGCCGUGCACAGGGUGUAAGCUGUUGCGGCGGAAGUGCCAGCCAGAGUGCAUGUUUGCGCCGUACUUCCUGCCGGAGCAACCGCAGAAAUUCGCAAACGUGCACAAAGUGUUCGAAGCAAGCAACGCCGCCAAGCUUCUGAACGAGCUGGCGCCGAGCCACCGUGAGGACGCCGUGAAUUCUCUUGCGUAUGAAGUCGACAUGCAGCUCCGCGACCUCGUCUACGGCUGCGUGGGCGUGAUCACCCUCCUCCAACAUCAGCUCCGACAGCUCCAGAUGGACCUCAGCUCCACCAAAUCCGAGCUCUCCAAACCUAGUUGUAACCAGUUA